AUGUCCACAGCGCCGGUUCAGUAUCUACUGAACUCAGACACUCUAUGCAAAAGGUGUAGUGAGAAAAAUGCUGUGUUGAUCUCAAGGAGAGACGCUUUCUGCCUGGACUGUUUUGUGUGGUUCGUGCGAGGCAAGCAGAGGAAGCUGAUGCUCAAUGAGCGGUAUAAAGUAAAGUAUGGUGCUGUUGCUGAAAAGUUGGGAACACAAAAGGUUCUUCUACCGUUGUCAUUUGGUACCUCCUCUUUGGUUCUUUUGGAUAUGGUGGCGUCGCUUUUGCGGGAACAGAACCUAGCACACAAGGGUAAGCAAGGCUUCGAGUUGGUAGUGCUACAUAUACUUGAAGAAAACGGGCCAUCCAAAGCUGAGGCAGAGCUGAUUAUGCACGAGCUUUUGCUGCGUUAUGAUCCUGUUACAGUUCAUUACAGAAUUAUUGAUCCAGAGAUGUUUCUUUUAGAUAAGAGGAGUCUACAGCGUAUCCAGGUCAGCGCAGAGUUUGAUGUAUUGAGCAAGCAGCAACAGCUUGGGAACUCCUUAACGGUGCUGCUUCUUCUCGAAAGCUGCCGAACAAAUUCUUCUAGAGCUGAUCUUCUUCAGCUCAUAUACCACGACUUGAUCAUCCAAAGUGCAAUCCAACUACGCUGCAACACAAUCCUACUAGGACACAGCAUGACCAGGCUAGCCAGUGAAAUUCUCUCCAUGACCGUCAAGGGAAGAGGUGUUGAAAUCCAUGAGGCGAUUGCUGAUCGCUCGAUUUCUUACGAGGGCAAUGAAUUCCAUAUCAUAUUUCCAUUCAGAGACAUUUUGUUUGCAGAGGUAGAGGCUGUCUUGAGCUUGACGGAUGGCUUAAAACAAUUCCAUGUGGAGACUUCAAAGGGUACAUCAAUUGCUAAGAAUAUGACCGUUCAAGCUCUUUCGACAAAGUACUUCGAUGACCUUGGUGCCAAUGGAUACGCCUCCACAGCGUCUACUGUCGUCAAGACCGCAGAGAAACUAGGCGCUCCAAAGUGUGAGAUUACUGCCAAAUGUCGCAUUUGCCAGGCUGAUAUUUACACGAAUCCAAAGCAGUGGCUCAAGUCUAUCACUGUCAAUGCAGCCGCUCCUCUUGAAACGGAAGCAGAGGUGGAAUUGGCAGAGGACUACGCAAAAGUGAUUGGCAAAAGCCAUGUCUCUGGAGACAGCUUGGAUGUCUGUUAUGGAUGUACUGUAAUGUUGUUAGGUGCUGGAGACCAAUUUGCAUGGCCCAUGAGGGCCACCAGGGAGGAGAUUCUAGACGAGUUCGUCUUGACAGACGAGGAAUGA